AUGAUGUCCCAAAUCCCCGGCGAGACCCCACCGCCCAACCUGGCCACUCUGGCCGAGGACCACUACUUCUCUGCCAACCCGCCGCCCAAGGACCUUGAAAAGCACGUGAAGCAGGCCAAGGACUUUAUCGAUUUCCAUGCCAAGGAGGGAAGGAGGUUGGUGCUGAUUACCAGUGGUGGAACUACUGUGCCGCUUGAAAAGCAGACUGUGCGGUUCAUUGACAACUUUUCGGCUGGCACUCGCGGAGCUACAUCCGCCGAGUACUUCCUCGAAGCCGGCUACGCCGUCCUCUUUCUUCACCGACAAUUCUCCCUCCUGCCCUUCUCGCGCCACUACUCGCACGCAAAGGAUUGCUUCCUCGAUUUCCUUCGGGAAGGGCCCGACGGCUCUGUCGUUGCCCGCGACAAGGACGCCAGCAAAAUGCUCCAAGUCCUUCGCAAGUAUCAUGACGCCCGCGACAACAACAUGCUGCUGGCCAUCCCCUUCCUCAGCAUCUCGGACUAUCUGCACGAGCUGAGGUCCAUCGCCCAGCUGAUGAAGCCGCUCGGCCCCAACGCUCUCUUGUAUCUCGCGGCCGCCGUCAGCGACUUUUUCGUGCCGCCGGACCGCAUGUCGGAGCACAAGAUCCAGAGCACGGACGCGGCGGAUUUAAAGAAGAAAUUGUCAUCUUCUACUGCCACAUCUGCUGCGCCCAGUGCGAACCCUAGUGCCAGAGCUACGCCUGCCUCUGGCUCUGUUGCAUCUAGGAAUGGAUCGGGAGGCACGGGAGUGGUGGAUGAAGAGACCUUUGACAACUUUGAUUCUUCCCCCACCGUGCCUAGGAGUAAGCGGUUGGUGGUCGAUCUUGACCCUGUGCCCAAGUUCCUCAAGAACUUGGUUGAAGGGUGGUCGCCUGAGGGCAUGAUCGUCUCGUUCAAGCUGGAGACGGAUCCGAGCAUCUUGACGCUGAAGGCCAAGUACUCGCUGAAUAGGUAUCAGCAUCAUUUGGUUAUUGGAAAUUUGCUCUCCACCCGCAAAUGGGAAGUAGUCUUUGUAGCACCCAACCGCAAAGACAGGUGGAUCCGCGUCCCCAUGCACCGUCGUGUCGGCUCUUCUUCUACUUCUUCCGGCAACCCAGCAGCAGCAGCAGCAGCAGCAGCAGCAACAACAACAACAACAGACAAGGACGAACCGCUGGACCCCAAGUCUCUCCCCGAAGGUGAACCGGAAAUCGAGAUUGAGAGCUUGAUCAUCCCGGCCGUCAAGGAGUUGCAUAGUGAGUAUAUUGAUACGUUUGAGCGCGAGAGGAGGGGGAGGAGUGGUACGCCUGGUGCUUGA